AUAGAGCACAAUAGCUAGCUUUAUAGGUUAGGUUUUGCAUAACAAAAAUUCACAUUUCAUUAAAAUAAAUACAUAUUCUGUCUUUUGAAUUCAAAGGAAUGGCAAGCACUUUAUUGAAAUAUGUUUCAUUUAACAACAAAGUAUUAAGUAAUAAAGUCCCAUCACUUAGUUCAUUUUAUAUUUCAUAUCGUAAUGGUCAUCAUAUUCGGGGUAAACCACCGGAACUAGCAAGAAGCAUAAAACAGCGUUUGGAAGAAAUGAACUAUAAAGAUCCUAAUAUUCACUACCGUGUUGACAUCGGUUUUCCCCACGCAUCAAAGUCGAGACGCGAAGAACUCCAGCACCGCCUUGGUAUAGUGAAAUCGAACCGACAAAAUCAAGAGUUGGAACAGAAGGCUAGGAACGGCGAACUAUUAAUCGAUUUGGCGGAAGCGAGACGCGAUUGGAUGAAAUCGUCGGGGCCACAUCAAAUUAAGGAAACCGCCGAUCACUACGGGGUGUUUAAUGACUUGUUCGGUGACGCUUAUUUUAUUCCUCGUGUUUCACUCGACAUUCUGUAUCACAUCUCCGACGAGCAACAACUACCAGUGUACUAUGGGAAUAUUGUUAAGCCGUCGAUGGCUGUCAAACCACCGGAAGUGAGUUACGAGGCGGAUGAGGGUAGCUUGUGGACUUUAAUAUUAACCAACCCAGAUGGGCAUUUUUCAGAUACAAAUUCGGAAUACGUGCACUGGUUUGUAGGUAAUAUUCCAGGAAGUAAUAUUGGAAACGGUGAUAUAAUUAUGGACUACUUACAACCGUUUCCCCCGCGAGGGACUGGUCUUCAUAGGUAUAUUUUUAUAUUGUAUAAACAGGAGGGACAUGUUGACUACUCAUCAUUGAAAAAAUCUUCGCCAUGUUACAAUCUAAAGGACCGGACUUUCAACACCUUUACCUUUUAUAGAGAUCGUCAGGAUAUUUUAACACCGGCAGGUUUGGCCUUUUUCCAAUCCGACUGGGACAGCACUCUUACUGACUUCUAUCACAAAUGUUUAAAUAUGCGAGAACCUGUCUUCGAAUAUGAUUUUCCUAAACCGUACAUAAGACCUCAGGAAUGGUUUCCGAAACGAAAGCCUUUUAAUAUAUACAUGGAUAAGUAUAGGGAUCCGAAGCAGAUUAAUAAAGAAUUUUUGAUGCGCAAAUUGAAACAUGUGCAUCCGUUCAAGCCCCCUCCAAAACCGUUACCGUAUCCGAAUGCGGUUGUUUUUGAGGGUUAUUAUCCUUCGUGGCUGAAAACGGAAAUCACUAAAUCGAGAUUAAGGUGGGGAAGAAUUAACGACAUUGAAUAAGUGAUUACAUUUUUCAAAUAAAAUCUGUACAAAAAUCUUUUU